AUGGCCGAGACGCAGGAGCUGCUGCUGCAGCUGCAGAAGGACAACCGCGACGGGCGCCUGAGGAAGCAGGAGCUGGAGGAGCUGGUGCGCGGGCUCGAGGCGGAGAGCGAGAGCCUCACCGGCCGCCUGCAGGACCUGCGCGAGCGCGAGCGCGGCCUGCAGCGGAGGCAGAGCCAGGCGGCGGGCACCGUGGGCGGGGAGGCGCGCGAGGCGGCGCGGGAGCGUGCGGAGCGGGCGCGCGGCCUGCUAGAGGCUGCGGAGCAGCGCAAGCGGGACCUGGAGCAGCACAACCGGCAGCUGCAGGAGCAGUGGGAAGAGCUGUCAAGUCAGCUGUUUUACUACGGAGGCGAGCAGCAGAGCCAGCAGUACCAGGAGCAGCAGCUCGAGACCCAGCUGUUAGCGCUGCAGAAACAACUGGAGUUGCUGGAGGCCAAGCAGGCCGUGCAGGCGGAGGGCCUGCGGCAGGGCGCACAGCGGACCGAGGAGGCGUGGGCCAGCUUCCAGGAGCAGAGCGGAGUCCUGCAGGAGCUGCAGGGGAAGGUGAUGGAGGCGGCGGCCUCGCUGGAUGCCUCGCGAGUCAGCAAGGAGCUCUUCAACGCCCUGCCGCGCCGCGUGCCGGACUGCGCGGGCUCCCUCAUGGAGGAGGUGGCCAAGGCCGAGUGUAAGAAGCGCCUGUUCGGCGGUGCGGGCGCCAUGGGCGCCAGGCUGUGGGCGCUGAGCGCGCUGCAGGUGCGGCUGCUGGUCCCGCUCGGCGCCCUGGCGCUGCCGCUGCUCUACCUGGUGCUGGUCAACCCCGCGGCCCUGCGCCGCCUGCUGCCGCGCCUGGGCUCCGCCGCCGCCUUCCGCCGCCUGCGCUACACGCUGUCGCCGCUGCUCGAGCUGCGCGCGCGCGGGCUGCUGCCCGCCUAG